CCUGAUGGGGUGCCAGUCAGUCCAGGUGUAUCACCAUCAUCCUGCUUUUCCAAUCGCCGUACCGGACGCUUUCAUUCGAGACGGCCGGCUUCUUUUAGAGACAGAGGAUGAGGGAUUCCUGGACCAACGGGACAGAAGGCAGUUCGUGGGGUGGCCAGGGGUGCUGCCGGUGGGGCCUUGCUUCACCAGCAAGGGCGUGCUGGGGCGAUGUACGAACUUCCGGCAGUGUUACCCUUACUUCAAGCUUCCUGAACUGAGUAACUGGGAGACCUGGAUCCUGGGCAUGUACGAUACAUGCAGCUACUUCACAAGUUCAGGCAGACAGAUGUUUGGUGUGUGCUGUACGAACCCAGCAACAGUACGGCCCACACAGCCACCGCGACCCACUCAACCCUCUACAGAGAUCCCAGAAGACGGGAAAGAAGAGAAACCCAGUGCAGUACCAAGCCCCAAUCCGAUUCCACCAAAUUGGCCACCCCCUAUUCCAACGCACCCACCUGACCAUACUAUCCCACCCCUGCCAACACAUCCCCCUUCCCCAGGGUGGCCUGGCUUACCCAUCAAUACAGACUCUCCCACUACGACCUCUACAACUGAGACUCCCAAACCUCCCUCCACUGUACCAUGGCCUACUACACAUCCGACCCCUAAACCUCCUCCUGUUAAGCCUCCGGCACCGUGGCCCCCCACACAUCCUCCUGUACCCACACAUCCUCCUGUACCCACACACCCUCCUGUUCCUACUACAGAGGCCAGUGUUCCAGCAGUUAUAGCAGACGCAUCAUGCGGCGCAAAGAAUGGCAAUCAGGAGCAGGAACGGAUUGUGGGUGGGCACAACGCGGAGCUGGGAGAGUGGCCAUGGAUUGCAGCUCUGUUCAAUGGUGGGCGACAGUUCUGUGGCGGCUCACUGAUUGACAGCACGCAUAUCCUGACUGCAGCCCACUGUGUGGCUCACAUGAGUUCGUGGGAUGUAGCACGUCUGACAGUGCGACUUGGUGACCACAAUAUAAAAAUUAGCUCUGAGGUGCGCCACAUUGAGAAGAGGGUGAAACGGGUGGUACGGCAUCGUGGCUUUGACUCACGUACUCUGUACAAUGACAUUGCCAUUCUAACAAUGGAUUCACCAAUCACCUUCACACAACAGGUGCGACCGAUCUGUCUCCCAACAGGCAGUGCACUCUAUUCAGGGACAACAGGAACUGUAAUAGGCUGGGGCAGUCUGAGGGAAGGGGGCCACCAGCCUGACACACUACAGGAAGUCAAUGUUCUGAUCUGGACCAAUGAUGCCUGCCGAUCCAAAUAUGGCCCUUCAGCACCAGGUGGCAUUGUGGAGCACUUCCUGUGUGCUGGAGACAAUGGACAUGAUUCAUGUAGUGGAGACAGUGGAGGGCCACUGAUGAUCAACCAGGGCCGCUGGAUGCAAGUUGGCAUUGUGAGCUGGGGUAUUGGCUGUGGAAAGGGACAGUUCCCUGGCGUGUACACCCGUGUCACACACUUCAUGAGUUGGAUCACCAAGAAUCUUAAGUAGUUCCUGAUAACCACAGUUCCAAAUUGAAUGACUGAACAAGUGCCAAAAUGACGGGUCUCCUGUGUAACUAUGAGUGCAUGUGAUCACAGAAGGAAAUACACUUAACUUAUUCACUUCACUUGUACCUCUCAUUUUUUCUUGGCAAUGCAGCGUAACCAGACAUUCAGCGGCAACGUCCUCAUGUGAUGGUUAGUUCCCCAUUAUCCAGACAAAUUAAGAGCAGCAUAAUGAGGUUCUCAAAGCAGUGAUUACGAGGUAUGGCUAUUAAAUAAUGAGGCAGCAUACACAUCUCUCAAACUAAUAGCUGUUAAUCUGGCAUAUUUCCCUACUUGUUUGCUGCAGUGGGUUUCAACAUGUUCGCUUACAGUACAGUCAAACAGGUCCAUGUGAAGAAUUUCACUGUGCAUUGGAAGUAUGACAGGUAUAACAGGUGAACAGUGAGUUAGCAACAUACUUUUAAUAACUCAUGAAAAAUGCCACUGAAACAUAUAAUUGUUGAGGUGUAUGAAGAAGCCAUAAUUUUAAUGGCAUAAGGUAAAAGGUAAAGUAAAGUUGUCCCUGUGCUUAACUAAUUAAGCGUUAAGACAUAUGGG